GUAAAUGGUCUGUGGACCUUUUUACACAAAGAAAGGAUGUUUUCAGACUUUGCUGCCUUGCUAUCCUUCCUCCCCUUCCUGGACAGCUUUACUGUGAUUAUACCUGCACAAAGACUCCUGUUUCUGCUAUAAUGACUACAAAGAAGUAAUGAUGCAAAUGGUGACUGGCACUCUGUUUUGGGGAAACUAUGUGAUUUUGGUGGUGGUUCCUAGCAUCAGUCCAAGUCUACACCACAUCUGUAAAUCAACCUUAGUUACACUACUUCAGUUGUGUAGAAUCAUAGAGGGGGAAGAGACCUCAGGACGUCAUCAAGUCCAGCCUCUUGCCCAAAGUUUGGCUUCACCAAGUCAGCAUAUUGUAAAAAGAAGCGAAGUGGCACCCAACAAACCUAAAACAAAGCUGGAAGAUAUAUCAGAAUCUCUGUUCAAUUUCUUCAAUCCAGUAACGUGUCGUCCCAAAGAAGAUCAAACAGUAGUCGCUUGCCAUGCAGGAGACAAUAUUAACGAGACCACUUGUCUGAAAAAUAGAUGUUGUCACUCUUCCAAAAAAAGCAGUCAACUCAAGUGCUACGCCCCGCUCAAAGACAACUAACUGGUCCUUGCUGCGAACGUUUAUCCCUCAAGAAGAACUCCCUUCUCUCCUUGGAAGCAAGAAAUCUGAGGCUGCAUCUUUCGUUUUCAUGAGUAUCUGAGACAUGGAUGUACGGUCUUACCGUGUGGGCACUUGGAAUUCCCUCCCUCCCUCCCACAAGGAGACAAUAAAAUCAAAGUAAAAUAAACGUAUUCAAUAAAGGUUCUGCCAGCCCUGUAGGGUUUUGAAUCUACUUCUGACAAUAUUGACAGAGAACCAUUGUCCUCAAGUGCAAAUCAGGUGUAAACCCACUGAAGUCAAUGAACUGGAGUUAACGUGAGA